AUGCGCAACGGUCCUGAGCGUGAUGGAUUGGUUGAAGAUCAGAACAGAGCGAAGAGCCAGGACAAGGUGAACAGACAUGUCGAAAAUCGAGAACAGUUGGGUCAGGGUGAUGAGCCAGGACAAGUUGAAGAGCCAGAACUGUUGGAGCAACUGCUACAAGUCAGUGAUGACGAUGCACCUGCACAUGCUCUGGUCGACAGCGAAAUCAUUCGCGACCAUGAUCAGGAUCCAUGGGUGUUUCUCGUGGAGUACGCUGAUUUUCAAUGGGACUUUCAAUGGGACGAUUUGGACUUGGGAGGCGAGAAUGAUAUUGAAGAAGCGCCAGCUGUCGAAACUGCUGUUGAGGACACGUCGAGAAGCGAUGCAGCGGACGACACGACCAUGCCGAAUCGACACCCACGAGAGGGGUGA